UUCCUAAAACGAAAUAGAAAAAAAUAAUAAAGAAAAAAUAAAAAUACCUUAAAGACAAGUUUGUGUAAUUAAGAAAAAGAGAAAAACAUAAAUAUAUAACUAAAAAAAAACAUAAAAUAACACUAACAACAUGGAUCUAUUGGGUUCAAUACUUAAUGCCAUGGACAAACCUCCAACUGCCAAUGAGGAACAAAAGAAAUUGAUCAAACGACAGAGGGAAAUGGCAGAACGUUUGAAAAACAAACAGAAAGAAGAACUACUGAGAUUUCGCAAAUAUGUGGAAGAGCGAAUAGGGCGCUUUGCCAAGGAUGAUCGCCAUCAUAUAGAAUUUCAGCCCUUAGAUAAGGUACAUCGUGCUGUCAUACAUGAGGUAGCCGAAUAUGGUGGUUUCAUAUGUAUGAGUUUUGGCUGUGAAGAUAUCGAUCGUUAUUCGGUAGUGUAUAAGAAAGAAAAUGCCCCCACUGAAGAUGAAAUUGCCGCCAGGCGUAAUGGUGAUGGUUGGAAUGAUGAAGUGGCAAAGGAAUAUGCCGAGAGGCGUAUUAAGCAAAAAGAAUUGGAAUUGGAACAAAAAAGAUUGGCUCGUGCUUCCGCUACCGCAGCAAAUGCCGCCCCAGCCACAACUUCCACUUCAAACAAUAACAAACAAUCAAACCAAUCCUCAGCACAAGCACAGGAAACAGAGAUUAAGCCAACAUUUAAUUAUAAGGAUAAAUAUGCUCAUUUGAUUGGUCAGGAAGCUGCUUUAGAGGCAGCUCGUAAAACUGAAACAAACGUAAGUUAUGGUUUUGUACCCAGUAAAAAUAAAAAAGAUAUGCGAUCCAUAGAACAAACUUUGGCCGAUAUACAGGCCAAAAAGAGGCUUAAGUUACAGUUACAACAAGAACAACAGCAGCAGCAACAACAACACCAACAAGAGCAAGCGGAAAUACCAAAUGACGCUUCAUCCGUUAAUAACAAUUCUAACAUCACUAUAACUACUACUCCUUCAAACGAGACAUUACACUGAUAAUUUUAAUUUUUGUUGUAUAUUUAACUAUACUCUAUUUGUAGUAUAUAGAUUUUUUUUAAUUUUAAUUUUGUUAAGACUCCGUCUACUUCCUAUUAUAACAAGAAAUACGAAAAAACGGCCAUAAUUAAACUUAAUUUAGAAACAAACAAAAAUACAAAGAACAAGAAAUUGGAUAAAAAAUAUAUUAAGCAAAAGUGUGAGAGUGCAAGAGAGAAAAAGUGUGAGAGAGUAAAUAUUAUAUUGUUACACCAUAUUCAAAGGCAGUGGAGUUUAUAAAAAAAACUUUUAUUAUUGAUCACAAAACGUGUUAAAUAUCUUUUUUAAAUAUGUAUUUGAAGCAAGAAGAAACUAGAUCAAUAUCUGGAUCGCUAAUACAAAUCUAGUUCAGCUCUUUUUCUGUUCUAGUUCUUGUUCAGUGUUCUAAUUGUGUUUUAGUUCAGCUCUAGUUCUGUUCUGGUCACUUCUAGCUCAGUACUAGUUAAGU